ACCUCACGGACGUGCGCAAAUGCAGAGUUACUCACGCUGGGACUGAGUACACGGGGCACAUGUCCAAGACUGUCUCGGGGAUUCGCUGUCAAUUCUGGGACACGAAAUAUCCCACACAUGAGGUUUCGCAAAGCAUCACGGAUAAGCUGUUCCCAGAUGGAUCGAAGAGUCUAGCGAAGAACUGGUGUAGGAACCCAGGAGGAGAACGUGAUAAACCGUGGUGCUACACGCUGAACAAUAAGAUCAUAGACGAUUACUGUGAAGUACCUCUGUGCAUAUAUCGCGAGUGCCGGCUGACUGGAUCCGGGGUUGAGUAUGCCGGCAAAGUGAAGCUAUCAGCAACUGGACGGGAAUGUUUGUCAUGGGCUCACAGCCACAUGAAGAAGGAUACAGAAGAGUCUCUCCAUUUCCCCAACGAUGCCUAUCCUGAAGGAGCACUCAGACGGGCCAAAAAUCGAUGUCGCAACCCCGACGGAGACCCGGGAGGACCGUGGUGUUACGUGGAGCCGCCUGAAAACGAGCACGAGGAAGACGAGGACGAAGACGACGGCGAUCGUGAAAGUGCUGAAGAAGAGGAAGAAGAAGAAGAAGAGGAAGAAGAAGAAGAGGAAGAGGAGGCAGUGGAAAGGGAUUAUUGUGAUAUUCCCUUCUGUGAUGAAAAAGACUGCAUGGUUUACACGACGGGAGUUGCUGACGAAGUAGUUCACUCGCAUUGGACAGCGCUAAACACCACGAACCGCAACAUCAGCCUCGCCGUGAAGUUAUGGCGCCCGGAAGACUGGUCCCGCGUGACGUUGAACCUGGCACUCAGCAAGCUAUCCAUACCGUCCUCUGGGUCGCAACUUCAGGAGUGGCAAGCGGGCGUCGAACUCAUCUUAUCUAACACGAAAUCUGGCAUUGUAGCGGGAGGAGAGAGUGCAGCAAUGGUAAGUUCUCCAGGUCUGAUUUGGGGCACGCGAUGGACGCCGAUAUGGAUCAGAUGGGGAGGUGGUUCCAUUUCCAUGGGCACAGAAGGAGACUCUAAGCCGAUGGUAACUGCGGAGUACAACGAGACUGCAGGACUGCUUGGACGUGAUCCCGGGGCUUUCAAUUACUACAGUAUUGUUGGAGAGGGCGGCAUGUGGACUUUCCCUUUUUGUAAGACAGAAUGCGAGGUACAAACGACGACUAGACUGGACUUCAUUCGUUUCUGGCCUCUAGUAAGAACGACCAUUACGCACGAUGCCAUGUUCUUCGUGAGAGCUGCCCAUUCAGCUUAUCUCGAACUCAGAGUGUCACCUGCCGUAAAGUAUCCUGCCAUCUGGGUAAUGAUGAGUGGUAGGAAGAACUUGACUCAGAUUAUCUUACAAAAGACUGCCAACUCGAGACAAAUCGUGAUGCAGACAGUGAAGAUUGACAAGCUGCUGUCAUACUGGGACUGGGGAGAGUUUACCAUCAGCGUGCUUGCCGACAGCCUGUCCGUGUUCUGGACACAAAAUGUCGGCACGCAAAAGAUCAUUCAAGCAGAUCAUGAGAUGAUAAGAAGAAUGCGGUGGAUCAGCCCUGGCUCCCUCUCUACCGCUCACUGGACCAUGUCAUGUGAUCCUGCUGAGGCAGCCGAAGUACCUGCAGCUUUGCCUCCGGAGUGCUUCCUACCAAAGACAAAAGCGAACUAUACGGGGUCACAGUGGACAACAGCAAAAGGACAGCCGUGUCUUCCUUGGGUAUAUGCAACAAGUAUUACGAGCUCCCUUAAAAAUGACCAGCUGUUUGAAGAUGGGUCUGUUGUAGCUGCCCUCAACUACUGUCGUAAUCCAACCAGAGAUCCACAAGGACCAUUCUGUUUCAUACACGAUAAUGCUACUAAUCUGAUACGACCGGAAUAUUGUCAUCCUCGCAAAUGCCAAGCCUCAGAAUGCCACAUGGCAGGAACUGGCAAUGACUAUAUGGGAGAGUUGAAUGUGACUAGAUCAAAACGAAUAUGUCAAAAAUGGACUGAAAAUACUCCACAUCAGGUGGCUGCUGCCUACAUGAAUGUGACUUUGUAUCCAGAACGAUCAGUUGAAAAGGCAAGAAACUACUGCCGGAACCCUAGCCGUAACAUUGCAGGUUCUUGGUGCUACACGGUAGACCCAAAAGUACCACAGGAUGUCUGUGACGUGUAUGACUGUAUCAAACCAGAGGAGUGCACCUUGAUGACUCGUGGCGUGGGAGAGGGACGUCUGAUUUACAUUCGCAACAAAUGGAGGAAGGAAGGCCUGAAGUUUUGGCUGAAGGAAUGGGACCCAGACCUGCCUGAUGGAAUUAUCUUUGUGAUUAGACCUCUCACAGGGGACAAUUAUUAUGAGCUCAUCAUUGGAGCCGAUGAGAAUGAGAAGAUAAAACUCUUCUAUGUAGCAGGAAAAGGUAAAAAAGAAAUACUUCUGAAAGAAAGAAACCUGUCACACGUGAUUCCUAUUGGAAAAUGGGGAGGUUUCUGGCUGAGAAUUUCCACUGGACGUAUCACACUGGGUUAUCAGGGACUGGACAAGUAUCUGUUAGACUGGGAACAUGGAAGUGAAUCACUAAAUGAAGAGCAGAAGCAUCAGAUUUUCAAACCUAUGUUCAUCACUUUCAAAUCAGUAAAAGGCCACACCAUUGGAGUCAAUUUCCCAUGUGAUGAAUGUCACACAGAGAAAACAUCAACAGACCACUUCACUAAGAUCAUUCCAUUAGGGUUAUGGUCAAAGGAACCCGGCAGUCAUUACAAUAACCUCAUCCUACACAUACGGGGCACUGGAGUCGCUGUUAUUCCUCUAAUUAAACUACCAGGUCUGGGAGAUUACUAUGGUCUGUCAAUAGGGGAUGCUGGAAAUCGAAUGUAUUUCAUCAAACAAACAGGGAAGGACAUGAAAACAAUAACAAAAACUAAGAUUGAUGGACCCAUGAUAUAUAAAGACAAGUGGACAGUAUUUCAUAUCAGUUACGAUGAAACAAACUUCUCUGUGAAGAGAAAUGGAGAGACAUUACUUCAAUGGUACCACCAUGAACCAAUGUUAUUCUACUGGUUUUCUCUGGGUGCAGAGAAUGGGGAAAUCACCUGGUCUGCAAACUGUGAUCCUGAAGAUAUUGAUGGUGAGCCCAGGAAUGGUGGAUGGUCAGAGUGGAGUCCUUGGACAUGCAGCGUCACAUGUGGUGGUGGGGAUGGAAUACAGACACGCACCUGUACAAAUCCUGUCCCUAAUGUGUAUGGUGAAGACUGUACUGGGGACAGCACACUGGAAGGUGACUGCAAUAAUUUCAAAUGUGGAGAAAUCUCACCAGACACAAAGGAAUAUUUACAAAAUCUCCUCAGAAAAGAACACCAAAGCUUACAAACACUUCAGGGAACGCAAGUUGAGUUGAUGUGUCAUCAGGAAGCUCUGGACCGGGUUCAAACUGAGGCUCCUACAUCAGUAACUAAAUGGGAUUUGAAUGGUGUGACUGUCAGCCCAGAUGGAAUAAGAGACAUUAUAAAAGAUAAUGGCAACAUGGUAAUAAACAACACAGAUCCACGUGACUCUGGUGUAUACACAUGUAUGCUGUUCCAAGAACCUGGGUCCCGUGUUAUCAUCAAUGUUAUAUCUUUGGCUGUGAAACCUCAAACUCCAACAAUCUCAGCAACAGAAGAUCAACAAAUAACACUACCAUGUCACAACAAAGUACUUGGCUACAUAUACAAAGAUCUCACCCAGAAGUGGGAAUUUAACAGUGUACUGUGGAAGGAUUAUGGACUUACCACAUCAGCAACAGUGGACACUGAAGAGCUUCAGCAUGUAAAGCCCUCACAUGCUGGAGAAUGGAAGUGUUUCAUACGAGAGCCACAUCUCAAUUUUGAAUGGAUCACAAACUGGAUUCUGGUUGAAGUGACACAUGCACCAUUCGUGUACCUGAUGGACGACCCUAUGUCAGCCCAACUGUUUAAAUAUUUUGGAAAUGAGAUCUAUGUACUGGAAUUUCUCAUAGGAUUUCUGCUACUGAUUAUCAUUGUGGUUGCUGCAGGGACAUAUACAUGUGUAAGAUGGCGUCACCACCAUGAUUUGAAAUAAGUUAUUGCACAAUGUUAAAUGUCCUGUAUCUCUUAAACCAGAUUAAUUCUCAACUGUGCUGCUCAGUAGCAUAUUCUUAAUUGCUUAAACAAUUGGUUAAACGAUAUG